AUGUUUGCACUUGAUCUGAGCAUAAACGGAAGAAGGGAUAAGGAAGAAUCUUUAAAAGAGACUUCCAAUUCGAAACCAGAUUCUUAUAAGGCAUCUUCUCCUCCAUCGGCGCAUACGUUUCAUCUUCCCUCUCCAGCUUUGUCUCUUCUCAACUGCUACUACCAAUCUUGGUUAUUGAGUGCUCUUCCACUCGGUAGCCCUUCAAGUAGCUGCAAAUCUAUCGAUUCUUACGAAAGUUCGAUCAAUAAUGCUAUUGAUUUAGUCAUUAGAAAAUCAAAGAAGUCUAGCGUAUCGCCGACUACCUCCCAGUCGUUAACCUCCUUACCACCUCUUCCGCCUUUGACUAACACCGCGAGUUCGAAGUCACGAUAUCAAUGUCCCCACUGCCAAAAAGUGUUUCCACGAUCCGCCAAUCUUAAUCGUCACCUUAGGACUCACACCGGUGAGCAGCCGUAUAGUUGCAGCAAAUGUCAUCGGAGGUUUAGCAUCUCCUCAAAUAUGCAGCGACAUGUGAGGAAUAUUCACCAGUUGGAAAGGCCUUUUGUCUGCUCCUUCUGUGGAAGAGCUUUCGCACAAAGAACCAAUUUGGAAAGACAUUUGCGACAUCAUGCUAAUGAAGUUAAGGUUAAGAGGCUGUGA